AUGGCUACUGUUUUCUGGGAUAGUGAGGGAAUUUUGCUUAUCGACUACGUACCCAGGGGAAGUACGAUGAAUGGCCAAUAUUACGCCAAUUUAUUGACUCAGGUUCGCGAGAGCUAUUGCACAGAAACGACGUGGGCAACUGAUGCGCUGAGUGCUCGUUCACACCGCACAUGUUGCGAGGCAAGCCCUGAAAGACACGGGGUUUUCAGAGAUUGA